AUGCCAUUAAGUAGGCGUGCUGCCGUGCUCAUACUGCUGUUUGCGGACCCGCAUGGAGCUCUGCGCGUGGUACUUACUAUGCGAUCCAGCACGCUCAAGUCUUACUCUGGCCAAGCAGCAUUGCCUGGUGGCAAAUCUGAAGAAGGCGAAACAGCUUUCAUGACGGCACGUCGUGAGGCCGCCGAAGAGAUUGGCUUACCCAUGCAAGAAUCUAAGCUGCCACCACCAUUCAAGGUGGAGCACCUAUGUGAACUCCCGACCAACCUGGCCAAGACGGAAUUGGUAGUACGACCCUGUGUAGCAUUUCUGCAUUCUCACGACGAACGCACGGGGCAGGAUGCGAACGUCACAGAAACGCUCAUCCCAAGACUUGACGCCAAAGAAGUCGCUGCAGUUUUCUCAGCUCCUUUUCAUAAUUUCCUUUCCUCAAAAGACGAUCCUACGCAGUCCAACCUACCCGGAGAGCCCAGUGACUGGUAUGAAGGCCAAUGGACGGAUUGGCAUCAAAGCCGUUGGCGCAUGCAUAACUUCUUUGUUCCUGUCACCAAUCAGGCUAUCACACUACCAAAAAGAACAGAGGCCCAAAGAGCUGCAGCGGAUCACUUACGUUCCCUUGAACGAUAUCGGGUGUUUGGUAUGACUGCACGGAUCUUGGUUGAUGCGGCUCGGCUGGCUUAUGCAAAGGAGCCUGAAUUUGAGCAUAAUAGCCAUUUCGGAGACGAAGACACGAUUCUUCGCUUACGUCGAAUUGGCCGCUUGGGAGCUUUGAGAAGAGAUGGAGAUGAGCUGACCAGGGAUGAUCUUCGACGCGCCGGUAAUCUGUGA